AAUAUUUUUUUAACCAUGGUUAAGCUCCACUUUUUAUCACCCCUUUAUAUACAAACCGAUCAUCACCGCCUGAACUUCAAAUCGCCACCACUUAUUCAACUAGCAAUGAUCGGAGAAAGAAGUCGCCGGAUUCCGACGGUUGAUGUUCCGCCGUGGUCAUAUUCCGAUGAUCAAACGGCGAACAUGCAGUUCAUGUUAAGCCCUAGUUCAAAUUCCAUUUCUACCCCUAAUAAUUUCAAUUUCAGUAACUUUAUUGUUGAAGAUGAUUAUCCUCUGUUUUGUAACGAUGCUGAAGAUAUCGAUGAAUUUGAGUUGGAAAAUCGUGAAAUUGAACUUCCGGUUGAUGUUUACGCUUGCGAUAAUUUUAGGAUGUAUGAAUUUAAAGUGAGGAGAUGUGGACGUGGUAGGUCACACGAUUGGACGGAAUGUCCGUACGUUCAUCCCGGUGAGAAAGCUCGCCGGAGAGAUCCACGGAAGUUUCAUUACUCCGGUACUGCAUGCCCGGAAUUUCGUAAAGGAAAUUGUAACAGAGGUGAUAGUUGUGAAUACGCACACGGCGUAUUUGAGUGUUGGUUACACCCAGGUCGCUAUCGUACGCAGCCUUGUAAAGAUGGUGGUAACUGUAAACGAAGAGUUUGUUUCUUCGCUCACUCGCCUGAGCAACUCAGAGUACUGGGACCGGGUUCGGGUUCGGGUCAGGGUACGGGUUCAGAUUCGCCUCGACGGUAUGUUAAAGGUUUGCAUUUUGUUUCAUCGCCUGAAUCGAGUUCGCCGCCGUCGGAGUCACCACCGAUGUCUCCGAUGACGGCGAACUCGUUUACCUCACUGAGUCGAUCCGUCGGAUCGAACUCGGUGAGUGAAGUAAUGGCUUCACUGCGUCAGCUACAGUUAAACAGGUUGAAUUCCAUGCCUUCAUCAUCAUGGAAUGUACAAAUGGGUUCACCUGUAUUCGGGUCACCUAGACGACCCGUUAUACGACCCGGAUUUUGUAGCUUACCCGCAACUCCAUCUGGAGAUCCGACCCGACCCGGAAACCGAUGUUUCGAUUUAUGGGAAAAUGAAGAAGAACCUGUUAUGGAGAGAGUUGAAUCAGGAAGGGACUUAAGGGUUAAGAUGUUUGAGAGGCUAAGCAAAGAGAACCCACUCGAUGAUCCGGAAAACCCGAACCCGAAUAUCAAUUCGGGUUCGGGUACUAAUCCGGAUGUCGGGUGGGUUUCGGAUCUGAUCCAGUAAAUGGUGGGUCUUUUUUUGUGGUUUUACUCAUUUUGGAAGCUAAAAUUGAAGGAUAUUAUUAUGUAUAUUAUUAUAUAUGGGGAAUUAUGUUUGGUUGUAAAUGGGAAAGUGAAAAUUUAGGAAGUUUUUUUUUUCCUUUUUUUUAAGGAAUUUUAGGUAACUAUUAUUAUUAUUAAAAAAAAAAAUACCCCAAUCUUUAGAAGGAUUUUUUUUUAAUUUAUAAAUGUUUAGCCAAAAAUGGCAAAAGUAAAGAUGGGGUGUAGUAUUUUGUUUUUGAUAUUUGAAGAAUGACAAAUUGUAAUCCUUUUUAUAUAUAUAUAUAUUUGUAAUUUUGUAAUGUUA